AUGACCAAGUUCUACCAGCACAUCCUGGCCUUGGUCUUUGCUGUUGACAAGAUCAACGACAAUCCCAAGAUCUUGCCCAAUGUUACUCUUGGGUUCCACAUCUAUGACAGCUGCUCUAACUCAAGAAUGACCUACCGAACCACCCUGGGCCUGCUUUUUAAAUCACAUCAGUUUGUCCCCAAUUACAAAUGUGGCAUCCAUCAAAAUGUAAUAGGAGUCAUUGGGGGGCUUGCCUCUGUUACCUCCUCACACAUGGCAGAUAUCUUAGGUCUUUUCAAGAUUCCACAGUUUUCAUACGGCUCAUUUCCACCACCAAUGAAUGAUCCAAUCAAUGGUCCCUCCUUUUAUCACAUGGUUCCCAACGAAGGCCUUCAGUACCAGGGAAUUGUGCAGUUACUUCUCCAUUUCAACUGGAAAUGGGUUGGGCUCAUUACCGAAAAUGGUGAAGGUGGAGAACAAUUUUUGCAAAUGAUGGAUCCAAUACUCUCCAGGAAUGGAAUCUGUUCAGCAUUCACAAAAAUACUUCCAGAACAUAUGCAUUUCUGGAAUGCAGAUGAAAUUAUCAAGGUCACAAAGGAGGUUUUGCCAAUUAUCAGUGCAGGCAAUAUCAACGCUGUUGUUAUCUAUGGAGAAACCUCAUUAAUUAUAACGUUGGCUAACAUUAUAGGAAUAACCAAAGUAAUGAAAGGACUAUUUCUUCAAAAUAAAAAGGUGUUCUCUGCAACAAAAGUGUGGAUUACCACAGCACAGAUUGACUUCACAUUACAUAACUUUCAAAAGUUAAUUGAAAUUGAUAUUCAAAUUUUUGAAGGUUCUAUCUCCUUCUCAAUUCAUUACAGGGAAUUACAAGAGUUCCAAGAAUUUGUAAGGAAUAUUUACCCUUCUUGGUCAGAGGAAGAUGGUUUUAUGAACAAUUUUUGGACACAAGCAUUUGGUUGUUCAUUUUCAAACUCCACAUUCAUCUCUAACCCAUGUACUGGAGAGGAGAGGCUGGACAGCCUCCCUGCGCCUCUGUUUGAAAUGAGCAUGACCGGCCACAGCUACAAUGUCCAUAACGCUGUGUAUGUUGUGGCACAUGCCUUCCAUAGCUUGAUGUCAGUUAGAUCCAAAUACAGAGCAAUGGAGGGCAUGCAAACAUGGUCUCCUUUGAAUAUCGAACCCUGGCAGCUGCACUCAGUUCUUCAGAGGAUCUCCUUCAACAACAGUGCAGGAGAUGAAAUUACAUUUAAUGAACAUGGAGAAUUAGUAGGUGGAUUUGAUAUUACAAACCUGGUCACUUUCCCAAAUAACUCCUAUGUCAGAAUCAAUGUGGGAAGAGUGGAACCUCAGUUUUCUCCUAACAAAAAGUUCACCUUUAAUGAAGAGAGAAUCAAAUGGCACAGAGGAUUGACUCAGGUAGGUUCCGGCAAAUAUGUCAAAAUCAACGAGGGAAAGCUGGAACCUAGCACAAGGAUGACAAUUUAUGAAGAAAGAAUCAAGUGGUACAGAGGGUUGACUCAGGGCGGGGGUGAAGAAACUUGUGUCAGUUGCCAAGAGGAUCAUUACCCAAACAGAGGGCAGAAUCAAUGCAUCCCUAAGAUUCCAAACUUCCUUGCUUUUGAUGAAACUUUAGCCAUUAUUUCAACUAUCUCUGCACUUUUGUUGUCUCUGGUCACAGUUCUGGUGCUGGUUAUCUUCAUUAAGCACCGGGAUACUGCCAUAGUCAAAGCCAACAACAGAAGCCUCACCUAUAUUCUCCUCACUUCCCUCCUCCUGUGUUUCCUCUGCUCCUUGAUGUUCCUUGGAAAGCCUAUUGAGGCAACCUGCCUUCUCCGACAAACUGCUUUUGGUAUCAUCUUCUCUGUGGCCCUGUCUAGCAUCUUGGCCAAAACCAUCUCUGUAGUUUUGGCAUUCAUGGCUACUAAACCAGGAUCCAGGAUGAGGAACUGGGUCGGUAAAAGACUGGCUUAUUCCACUGUCCUCUCUUGCUCUGUUGUUCAAGUAGUGAUCUGUGCUCUGUGGCUGUCAACCUCUCCCCCAUUUCCAGAUUUGGAUAUGCACUCAUCAGCUGAAGAAAUCAUAUUGUUAUGUAAUGAAGGGUCCGUCCUCCUGUUCUAUUGUGUUUUGGGCUACAUGGGCUUCCUGGCCAUUGUCAGCUUCAUUGUGGCCUUCCUAGCCCGGAAAUUACCUGACACUUUUAAUGAAGCCAAGUUCAUCAGCUUCAGCAUGCUGGUGUUUUGCAGUGUUUGGCUCUCCUUUGUUCCUACUUACCUGAGUACACGAGGAAAGUACAUGGUGGCUGUGGAGAUUUUCUCCAUCUUGGCGUCCAGCGCUGGAUUAUUGGGUUGCAUCUUUCCCCCAAAAUGCUAUAUAAUUCUAGUAAGACCUGAAUUGAACAAUAGAGAGCAGCUAAUAAAAAGAAGAUUAUAA